AUCUAAAUUUUUGAUCUUUAAUAUACUACUAUAUACUCAUCUAAUGCACCUCUGUGCAUGAUUUGAAAUAUACUACUAUAUACUCAUCUAAUGCAACCAAUUUAAUACACAUCUGUGCAUGAUUUUUCCCCAAUGUUUCGUACACAUGCUACCAGCCUGUAAUAGCAGAUUAUUUUGGUCAACCUUUGAUUGUGAGCUUUGUCUUCCAAAUUCCACCACUCCCAUCUUUGAUGAAGUUAAAAAAGAGAAACUGCAACAUCUUUCAGGUUUUCAAGUAUGAUGGCCAAAUCUUCAAUUCUAAGCAUUUUUAUUACUUUGCUACAACUGCUUAUGGUCCUCUGUUUGUCCGCUGCUUACAAGAAUUUCAUAGAGGAGUCUUCAAUAGUUUAUACAUACGAUCGUGUUGCUGAAAUUGAGAAACACUGUAAUCCAUAUCUUACUUCAUCAUCCAAGUCAAUUCCUGAUGAAAAUAGAGGCUACACACUUCAAACAGAACUCUCUUUCACUAAUGGAGAUUGGAAUCAGGAGAAUGGCGGUUUCCCUUUGAUGCCGUUCGAUGAAAGUGACUUGCAAGGGCAUAGGAUCCAUCAUGGAACAGAUCCAUUACAACUUGUUUCAUUCCAAGUGCAGGAUACCAAUGUAGCUCAUCAAUUUGAAAACGCUUCAGUUAAUGUUGGAGGGAUAUUGUCCUUAGCCAUAUCUAGAAAUACUACAUUUUACCCUUCUCUUCGGUCGCCGUCUUUUACCAUGAUUCCUGGUUUCUCCAUCCUCACUGUUGUCUUUGAAGGGGUCUAUUUUGAAAGUGGGCAAGAUCGUUUAUUGUGUCUUUUGGGGAACACAGCUUUACCCAUAUCAGAACCCCAUGUUGAAAAUUGGGACAUAGCCAAUAGCCAUUGGCCUGGUUAUAGCCACCUGCCACAUCUUUUGCAAGAUGAUCAGAUUUUGCUUCUUCUUAGGUACCCUCAGACAUUCAAUUUGACUAGCAGGGCUAUAAAGGGUGAAAUUAGAAGCAUAAGCAAACAUGGAAGCUUGAAGUACUUUGAUGAUGUUCAUAUUUCUUCUCAGCUGAGUCGGUAUUCCGAAUAUCAGUUUAGUCCUGAAUUGAUGCCAAGAUCUUGUGAAGAUAAACACCUUUGUCAAGAGGAUUUGGCACAAUAUGAUGCGCUCACAUUCAGUGGCUAUGAGUUUUGCAGAACUCUCCAAAGUAUAUCAGAACCUUUCAAUGUUGUCCCGCAUAAUAAGUUCACUGAUAGGUAUGCUUACCAAAGCAAAGUAAGACCUCACCAACCAGGAAAGGAAUUUGGCUUUGGUAACUGGAGAUUGAACCAUGAAAAUUUCAGGCUUAUCUUGCAGCAUGUAAUAUGUGAGGAGGAACCUAGAAAUCAUAAUAUAAAAAAUGCAAGAAUUUCAGCAACACUGAGACUGUUUCCUACGUCCAUUCCAGAAGACACUGCAAGAGAUAGAACAGGCCUCUCCAACCUUACUUUGUUAGCUGAGGGGACAUGGGAUUCCUCAAGUGGGAAACUAUGCAUGAUUGGGUGCGCUGGUGAAGUUGAUCCUAUUUUGGAAGAUUGUAACUAUCAGAUAUUCUUGUACUUUCCACGAGUGUACUCCAUCAAGCAGAGAAGUCUCAUGCUGGGGAGUAUAUCCAACAUUGCAAAUGAAACAAACAUGUUCUUCCCUCUGAUGAUUAAUUAUGCACCGCGUCCGGUGUUUCUUCAUUUGAGUCAUGGUCCGUGCGGUUCUCACUUAUCAUAUAAUUACUCAAUGAUCCAGCUAGCAACUUCAAUUAGAAGGAGAGACCAGUCAUCAAAAUUCAGACUUCUCAAGCAAUCAUCAUUCUUGAAGUAUCCAGCUUUGGAUGAUGAACAAGAUGUACUUGCUUCUCAGCUACGUUUUCUUUCCGCGAAUCUCAUUUUUGAUGCAUUUGCAAUUUGCAAGCAUUGCUCAGACAAACAUAACUCAAGGGUCUUCAUCCAUAUGGAUGUGUUUUCUUUAGGUCCAUAUGUACCCUGGCUGCGUAAAGAUGAUGGAUCAAAGAAACAAGUAGAAACUGAAAAACUCACUAGUAUCCAAAUUCUCAAUAUCUCAUUGCAUCUUAUAUUCAAUGAAGGAUCUUCAGUGUUUACAAUCAAGCAAUAUAGACAUUUGUCACCUUUAUUCUUGGAAGGUGUAUAUGAUCAACUAGCUGGUCAAAUGUCUCUAAUUGGUUGCAGAAUGGUUUCAAAUGUCAGCACCAAUGUUGGACAUGGCCUAGAUUGUCUCGUGGAUGUUAAGGUUCAGUACCCUCCUUUAACUGGAAGAUGGCUGAAAAAUCCUUCUGUUGAAAUGACUAUUACUAGCCAAAGGCAUGAAAAUGACCCUCUUCAUUUUAAUGCUGUGACUCUUCAGACAGACAUUAUUCCAUACUUAAAGCAUCACGAUGAUGUGGCCUUCAGAAAACUCUGUGAUGGAGUUCUUAGGAUGCUGACUUCAUGUGCUCUUGUAGGAAUCAUCUUAAGCCAACUCAGUUACAUGAACAGAAACGUGGCUUCCAUUCCUCACAUAUCUCUUGUCAUGGUUGCUGAACAAAUUCUUGGUUAUGGUGCUGAGUUGUUUGGGGAUACUGAGAUACUUGUUGAAUCAUCUCAUGAUCUUCAUGAUAAUAAACACAUGUUGAAUCCCAUAGAAAUCAUGACAAGGCUUCUUGUGCUGAUUGCCUUGCUUCUCACUAUAAGGCUGUACAAGAAGGUGUCACAAGCUAAGAAAAGACAAAACGCUUAUGGAUCUGCUAAGGAAAAGCGCCUGCCCCAACAUAAGAAUGUUGUUUUAUGGAACUUAAAGGUUCACAUUGUUGUGUGUCUUGUGCUAACAGGUCUACUUGCAAUUGAGCCUUCUCUCAGAAACAAUUUAAGGUCUCUAAGCUUGAUAGAUUUUCUUCUUCUGUCUGGCAUCUUGAUUCGACAAGCGCAUAUCCUUUGUGCUCAAGACCUUUUUCUGGUUCCUCAAGCUCUUGAGAAGUCUGUGUGGCAAAGAAAAGUUAAACCUCUGAGGAAAAUGUACUAUGUUGGACUCACAUUGCUAAGGCUAAUUCUCUUUUCCUAUGACUACAUCAGAGACCCUAUUCUAGAUCCAUACUCUGAUAAUGGUGAGUUCAACAGAAUGAGGUCAAUUUUCUAUCCAAUUUAUGGUAUCACUGGUGCAGCAGUUCCCAUCAUUAUGGUUUUAGUUGCAACUGUUGUCCACAUUCAACAAAGAAGCAACAUUCAGAAAUCAUUCUGACGCUAAACUCCAGCAUUUCAAUUGUGACUUGUAAACUAUUUCUAUAAUGUUAUAAUUCCCCCCCCCCCCCCCCCCCCCCCUCCUGCAGCCAUGAAGGAAACCCCCUAUCUUGAUGUUUUUCCCUGUGUAAAAAUGGCAUUGACCAUCUGAAUCAGUGAGAAUUAGAUAUGAAUUUGGAAAAUUAAUUUUACAUUACUGUUGCAAUUAAUAGUUUUAA